ACAUUGUACAGUAGCAGUUUUUUUUCUUGCCCACUGUCUUCAAAACCAUCACCUUGAAUCCUGAUUAUCAUAAGCAACUAUAUAAAAACACCCUUAAUCACAGUUCACACCCAUCUUCAAAACCAAUAAUUCUAAAUCAAUUUUCUUCUACAAAUCAUCACAAGACAAAAUUAUUGACAAAGAACUCAGAAAUGGAGGGUAACAAUGCAAUCGGUUCCACGCCUCAUUCAGCUUCAGUUCCGGCGAGCUUGCCGUGUGGAGUUGGGACUCUAGGUCGGCACUUGGCUCGUCGGUUAGUACAAAUCGGCGUGAAGGAUGUGUUUUCAGUUCCCGGCGACUUCAACUUGACGUUGUUGGAUCAUCUGAUUGCGGAGCCGGAGCUGAAUUUGAUCGGCUGUUGUAACGAGCUGAACGCGGGGUACGCCGCCGAUGGGUACGCACGUGCGAAAGGGGUGGGAGCAUGUGUGGUGACGUUCACUGUAGGGGGACUGAGUGUGCUUAAUGCUAUUGCUGGGGCAUACAGUGAGAAUUUGCCUGUGAUUUGUAUUGUUGGUGGGCCUAAUUCGAAUGACUAUGGUACCAACAGAAUUUUGCAUCAUACUAUUGGCCUACCAGAUUUUAGCCAGGAACUUAGGUGUUUUCAAACUGUUACUUGUACUCAGGUAGUGGUGAAUAACUUGGAUGAUGCACAUGAAUUGAUUGAUACUGCAAUUUCAACUGCUCUGAAGGAGAGCAAACCAGUUUACAUUAGCAUAGGUUGCAAUUUGCCUGGGAUCGCUCAUCCCACAUUUGCUAGAGAACCUGUUCCUUUCUAUCUUGCUCCAAAGGUCAGCAAUCAACUAGGAUUAGAAGCAGCUGUGGAAGCAGCAGCAGAGUUCUUGAACAAGUCUGUAAAGCCGGUUAUUGUGGGAGGUCCCAAAGUAAGAGUGGCAAAAGCACAAAAGGCCUUUGUGGAACUUGCUGAUGCCUGUGGCUAUCCGAUUGCAGUAAUGCCAUCUGGCAAGGGACUGGUGCCAGAGCACCACCCUAGUUUCAUUGGGACAUACUGGGGAGCAGUGAGCUCUAGUUUUUGUGGGGAGAUUGUUGAAUCUGCAGAUGCUUAUGUCUUUGUUGGCCCCAUCUUCAAUGACUACAGCUCUGUUGGAUACUCGUUGCUGAUUAAAAAGGAGAAGUUGAUUGUUGUUGAACCUAAUCGUGUGACUAUUGGAAAUGGCCCCUCCUUUGGUUGGGUGUUCAUGACUGAUUUCUUGAGUGCAUUGGCCAAAAAGCUGAAGAAGAAUAACACUGCUUUGGAGAAUCAUCAUCGUAUUUAUGUCCCUCCAGGUGUUGCCUUAAAACGCGAGAAGGAUGAACUUCUUCGAGUCAAUAUACUCUUCAAGCACAUCCAGGAAAUGCUAAGCGGUAACACUGCAGUGAUUGCAGAGACUGGGGACUCGUGGUUCAAUUGUCAGAAGCUAAAUCUUCCUGAAAAUUGCGGGUUUGAAUUCCAGAUGCAGUAUGGAUCCAUUGGCUGGUCAGUCGGCGCCACUCUCGGUUAUGCUCAGGCUGCUAUAGAUAAACGUAUCAUCGCCUGUAUUGGUGAUGGAAGCUUCCAGGUUACUGCUCAAGAUAUAUCAACCAUGAUAAGAUGUGCACAAAAGAACAUUAUAUUUCUCAUCAACAACGGAGGUUAUACCAUUGAAGUAGAGAUUCAUGAUGGCCCAUAUAACGUGAUUAAGAAUUGGGACUACACUGGUCUUGUGAAUGCUAUCCACAAUGGUGAAGGCAAAUGUUGGACUGCGAAGGUAAAGACGGAGGAGGACCUGACCGAGGCAAUAGCAACAGCGACAAGCACACACAAGGACUCCUUGUGUUUCAUUGAAGUCUUUGUGCACAAGGAUGAUACUAGCAAAGAGCUUUUGGAAUGGGGAUCGCGUGUUUCUGCAGCUAAUAGCCGUCCUCCUAAUCCUCAGUAGCGAGCUAUCGUUGUCCAAAAUAAGACACCAGGAAAAGGCUUAAGAAUUUGAAUGUUUUCCCUUAUACGUUUAUGUCCUGUUUUUGUAUUCCAUAACUUUGAAUCUUCAUCGUCCAUAAAAUUUCUUCUCAGCCUAUAAUAAUAUUGCUCUCUAUUGGAUAUUGGCAACAAAAAUACCUUUGAUGCUACUUGCUGAUAUCAAAAUGAUUCUUUAAUUUCUCGAGUCUUAAUUCACUAUUAGUGACAAUGAACAUGGUUUUAAAUCUAAUUCUCCA